AUGUCAAAAUUUUCAGAUUCUGAGUCUGAUGUUGACCUCUUGGUACCAUUAAAGAGCCUAAUAAAUGAUCGUGCGGAACUUUAUAAAGCCAAAGGUCUAGAAGGAUUUCCUGCUGUUGGCAUCAAACGUGGUAUCGAAAUUGUUGUUCCAUACAGACAAUAUCUACCUCGAAGGUUUUUCCGCAAUUUUGCUUUUACGGCAGUAAUUCGACCGGAUGAUCCACAAGGAGGAUAUUUAUUUGCUGUGGUUAAUCCACUAGACACGAUUGUUGAUCUCGGAGUUGUUCUAGAAUCAGCUGGUGACAGCCAAACAAAUAUCACAUUACUUUACACGGAUUCAAGCAAGGAAACAGAUACCAAAGCUUUGGCAUCUUUCUUGGUGCCAGAAUUUAUCGGAAAGUGGGCAAAGUUUGCACUGGAAAUUCAAGAAGACACAGUUGUGUUGUAUUUUCGUUGUACACGUUUCGCAACACGUCAGGUAAAACGAAGACCGGUGCAACUAGUGAUGGACGAUGCCCACAAGUUGUAUAUUGCGAGCGCUGGCCCAAUCUUGAAAAAAGGAUUUGAAGUAAGUUUUCGUCAUAAUUUUUAA